CCGAAUACACGUUGGGCAAUCAAGCAGUGUAAAUAGUCCAGUUAAAGGGCAGCAAUAAAACGAACGCUUUGAGAAGUGUCUUUAUCAAUUUAGCUAUCAUUGUGGCUAAAUUUAUAUAAUAAAAUGCACCUCUGCCGCCAUGAGGAGGAUUAACUUUAAGAGGUGUUUCCGAGCGUUUAUCAGGAAGUUUUCCACAGACAGGUUUACCGAAUAUAUUUUCAACAUUACCUAUAGGAACCUGUAGGGAUUUUAUUCCGGACCAGAGUCUAUCCAGAUUUGAAGGGUACAAUGGGGGACAAUAACAUACCAAUGAUGUCCACGUUGGAUGUUGGUGAUAAAGUAGUUACUGGAAUUGGCGUCGAAGAUGUUGGAGCAGCAAUGCAACGAUUCGGCUGGCCAGACUAUAUCAUGUUUGUGGGAAUGUUACUGAUUUGUAUUAGCAUAGGACUAUACUAUGCUUUUUCUUACAAGUCACAUAAUGCUCAGGAAUACUUGGUGGGUGGUCGGAAUAUGAAAGUAGUACCAGUUGCCCUUUCCCUUGUAGCUAGUUUUAUAAGCGGAAUAUCCCUGCUAGGAAUUCCAACAGAAAUUUACGUUUAUGGAAUACAAUAUAUGUAUAUAAUGGGGGGAUUUUUGCUAAUGACUUUUGCCAUGGGAUCGAUCUAUCUGCCCGUUUUUCAAGGGCUUAAAUUAACAUCAACAUAUGAGUAUCACGAAAGAAGAUUUGAUCGAAAAGUUAGAUUGUUUGGAUCAUUGCUGUUUACAUUUGGAAUAAUCUCUUGGUUGCCACUAGUGAUAUAUGUCCCAGCUUUGGCUUUUAAUCAAGUCACUGGAGUGAAUGUUCACCUUAUCACACCAAUAGUUUGUGUGAUAUGUAUGUUCUACACUUCAAUGGGUGGAUUAAAAGGAGUUGUGUGGACAGAUGUAAUUCAAAUAGUGAUUAUGUUCGGGGCAAUGAUUUUGGUGGCCGUAAAGGGCACACUUGAUAUUGGUGGCUUUAAAACUGUAUUUCAAAGGAAUUGGGAAAGUGGACGUAUAGAAGGUCCUAAUUUUGAUUUAGAUCCGCUUUCAAGGCAUACGAUUUGGUCUUUGGUUCUUGGGGGUAGCGUGUAUUGUUUGCAAACAGCAUCUGUAAAUCAAAAUAUGAUUCAGCGGUAUUUAGCUCUACCUUCGCUACAAUCAGCAAAAAGGGCUCUUUGGGUGUUUUUCAUCGGCGUGUUGUUGAUACUUUGCCUGUGUUCUUAUUGUGGAAUGCUCAUUUACGCUACUUUCUACAAAUGUGAUCCACUUACAACAAUGCUUGCUAGGGAAAAGCACCAGCUUCUACCGCUACUAGUUAUGGAUAUCCUUGGAGAUGUGCCUGGACUUCCGGGGGUAAUCGUAGCCGGAAUAUUCAGUGCCGCUUUGAGCUCGUUAUCAACAGGCCUUAAUGCAAUGUCUGCGGUAGUCCUGGAGGAUUUCUACAAACCUUUCUUUCACAAACAAUUAACUGAAAAACAGACUUAUAUAAUGAUGAAGUUAACUGUUAUUAUCAUGGGAAUCUUCGGCGUAGGAAUGGUGUUUGUAGUCGAAAAAUUAGGAGUUGUUUUACAGCUUUCUAUGAGUAUUGAUGCCAUUGCUAGUGGGCCCGCUUUGGGAAUGUUUACAAUGGGGAUUCUUCUUCCUUGGGUCAAUUCAAAGGGAGCCUUAACUGGUGGCAUAACAUCUUUAAUAUUCAUGUCCUGGCUUUGUCUUCGAGCACAAACUCUUAUUGCUUCAGGAGACCUGACUUUUCCCGAGAAGCCAGUUUCCACUGAAGGGUGUCAUUACCAUUUUACGCCAAAGCAAUCCCCCAGCAGUAACAUUCAUUUCGACCCAUCUGUAAACAUCACGAAUGUGACUCAUACGGAUGAGAGGUAUAUGAUAUACAGGCUGUCCUAUUUAUGGUAUACACUGAUAGGAACUUUCGUUACUAUGUUUGUUGGACUACUGGUUACCUUCAUUACUAGGCCACUAGAUCCCCGUGAUGUCGACCCCCAACUGUUGGCACCCUUUAUUAGAAAGUUGAUAAAACCACGACUACCAAAGGACGACUUUUACACAUAUGGACAGCUGCAAACUAACGGAAUAUCAGCAAAAGACUCUGAGACGGAAAUAUCAAUGGAGAAAUAUAAUGGGUCAGAGAUUGAUACGGAUCCACUUGAUAAGGCGAUUAGUAAUUAAUUAAGAUACUACUGAUAUUACCUACUAUUAAUUAUACAAAUAUGUAAUGUAAAUGUUUACAAUUAAUACAAAUAUAGUUUUAACUUUAA